CUGUCGCACGAUUUGAUGACGCGGUAUUUAUGCGUCGGAGAGGAAAGCAGGAACCAACUUCGCUAACUAGCAGGUUUCGAGCCUUGUGCUGGCAAUGGGGGACAUGAAGACCCCAGACUUUGAUGAUUUGCUGGCAGCUUUUGACAUUCCUGAUAUUGAUGCCAAAGAGGCCAUUCAGUCAAGUCCAGAGGAGGAACGGGAUGAGGAUGGGACUAAUGCAGAUGAGAGAGAGAGUGGAUCACCUCCUGUGGUCAGUGUUAUUGUGAAGAACACCGUACGGUCCGAGUCUUUUGAAGAGGAGGAUAAAACAGAUAAACCCUCAAGCAGUGGCUUAAACUCUCAGGUUCAGGUCAAGGUGGGGGACCUCAUGUCACAACUUGGUCCCAAAAGAUCCGCCGAUGCCCCUGUGGAGCCCAAGAUUGCCAAUGGCUUUGAGGGAUCUGUCCCCAUGGAUCAGGGUCAGUCCAGCCCAGAGCCAUGGCCCCCUCGUUCACCAUUGAGGUCCACGCUUAACGCUAAUGAGAGUGAAAGCGAUGAAGGAGCUGAGGUUGGAUCGGUCCAGCGCACGACUGAUGUCAUGAACAGUUUGAAGCCCCACCUCUACCUCCAGUCUUCGACUAGUGCUGGUCCCAACUCCUCAACUCCUCCCUCGCCACACUCGUUCAGCCCUCACUCCCCUCAGAAGGAGGAAACUUGUCUCCUCAGAAGUCCGUCAUCCUCCCCUUUACCACAAAACGGGGCUGGAUUUAAGCAUGUUAUGCACUCGGAUGAAGAAGAUUCAGAGCCAGACUUAGGAAGCCCGCUGGUGAUCCAAGAGAGCCCAGAAUCUGUAAUGUCCUCCCCUCCCAAAUUUAAACACAGAGCAAAACUACGGUCUGAGCCACUUGGGUCUCCUGAAACAACUUCCUGUCUUGUUUCUCAUCCUCCUCGUCUGCCUUCUCUGGCACCUGCAAAACCUAAACCCCAACUUAAGGAGGAGGGGCGACCUACCACCCCCAGUUCUCCUUCCACAGCUCCUCCUCCUUCACUGAGCCCCCAGGCCUGCCUCCCCUCUCUCAGCACGGGCUCUGCAUCAGUCCAAGAGGAGAAAUACCCAGAGCAUGUGAUUGAUGAGAGGGACUCUCCUGAGAGCCCACCUCCCAGUGAGACAGGUCUUGUAGUCCCCAAGAGAAGCAGCAGCCCCGAUACGGUCCAAAAAGCAGCGAACCACAAGGACUUCCGUCGCCAAGAGGAGCUCAUGGAAAGUGAGCCCAAAGAAGAGGACAGGCCAGGUGACACUGAGGAGCGGAGUGAAAAGGCGGCUGGAGAUGGAGAAAAUUUAAAGGAGGAGAGCCGUGGUGCUGACACUGAGGAUCCUGUGUCUGCUAGUGCAGCCAAGACAGUUUCAUCUCCGUUGCGUCCCCUCAAAGUUAAAAUCAAAAUGCCCAAAGGCAGCGUCAAAAGGACUGUGACUGGUGCUGCCCCUAAAAGAAGUGGAAGAGCCACUACCAAGGGUGUGAAAAAAAUAAAACCUUCACCAGAACUUCACAACACAAGAUCCAAGAAGGAGUUAUCACAGCAAUCUCCGAUGCCUGCCAUGGCGAUGCUCCAGGACGCCUGUACUGCAACGCUGGAAGGUGCCAGUACGGUCAAAGACAAAACCACAGAGGACACCAAGCCUAAAGUUUCCCCCACAGCUGUGAGCAUCACCAAAACUGCAGCACUGCCCUCCAUCUCCGCUCCCAGAGUCAGCCUUGGUGGCAUCAACCCUCGCAGCCUGGGUCAGAAAACUCUGAACAGUGGGGUGACACUUUCCACACCCUCACCUCUGCUUACGCCUCAAAGUAGCAGCAGACCAGCUUCCAUAGUUAACAGCACCGGGGCAAUCAUAUCCAAGACUCAGACCAACCUGGUUGAAGCUUUCAACAAGAUCCUCAACAAUAAGAACCUGCUGCCCAUUUAUAAACCAGAUCUGAGCUCACCUCUUCCUGCAGAGUGGGGUCUUCCUCUUCCUGCACAGGGUUACCGCUGUUUGGAGUGCGGUGAUGCCUUUGCCCUGAAGCAGAGCUUGGCGCGGCACUACGAUCGGCGCUCGCUGAGGAUUGAGGUGACCUGCAAUCACUGCGCCAAGCGGUUAGCCUUCUACAACAAGUGCAGCCUGCUUUUACACGCCAGAGAGCACAAGGAGAGAGGCCUGAUCAUGCAGUGUUCACACCUGGUCAUGAAACCUGUACCUGUGGAGCAGAUGAUUGGCCAUCAGGAACCCAUGGCAACUGGACCAUCAUCAUCCCUUUCAGGCCAGGCCACCCCAAACCCAACACCCCAGCCUAAUCAAUCAGUAUCCAAGAAGAACGCAGAGGCAGUGCAGCACGUCAGUAGUAAAUGUCCUGAGUGUCUGGCUCAGUUUCGCAGCAAAGAAGAGAUGGCAGAGCAUUUCCAAGAAAUCAAACCAGCACAAACAUCUUCGUGCACAGAUUGUUCUCCUCCCAUGCUGCUGCCCAACAGCUGCAGUGCAGCAGCUCAUCAACGCAUCCACCAGGGCUGCCCACCACACGUCUGCCCAGAGUGUGGGGGCACGGCCAAGCAGCCGCUAUUUCAAACGCACCUUGACGAGACCUGUUUACACUUUUCACGUCGCAUUGGAUACAGAUGUUCCAGUUGCCUGGUGGUGUUUGGAGGGCUUAACUCUGUGAAGUCUCACAUCCAACAGGCUCAUUGUGAUAUGUUCCACAAAUGCCCCAGCUGUCCCAUGGCUUUCAAGUCUGCUCCCAGCAUACAGAAUCACAUCAGUGCCCAACAUCCAACGCUCACUGAAGGACAGACCAUGUCGAUUUAUAAAUGUGUCAUGUGUGACACAGUUUUUACAAACAAGUCCCUGCUGUACGUCCACUUUGACACUCAUUUAACAAAUCAGAAGGUGCAUGUGUUUAAAUGCCCCGAGUGCACCAAGUUGUUUUCUCAGAGGAAUUCCCUUCUGGACCAUUUCAAGACCCACAAGACUCCCACGAUAAAACAAGAGUUGCCUUCACCUCCAGCUGCUCCCUCUCGUUCGCGGCCUUCAGUGAAGUUGGAGAGCUCAGAUGGAGAGGAAUCGAUGGAUGAGGAGAAAGUAAAGACGCAGAGGACGAAGACCCCGUCAGGGUGGAAGUGUGCACCUUGCCACGCACGCUACACAGACCGGGAAGACUACAUUACCCACAUGGCUGAACAACAUAGCAAGAAACUGAAGAAGUUUCCUUGUAACAAGUGUGAGAGCUCCUUCACCACCACGUCCAGUCUGAGACGUCACAUCAGAGACAAACACAAAGUCACGAAUCGUUGCUUUCGCUGCCAGUUCUGUAGUGGGGAUAAGAAAAUAUUCAGCAGCAGAGCGAUGUUGGAGAGGCAUGUUCAACAAAGACACAGCAAUGACCCAAUGAGCCAGAACACGGCAGGUGCAGAUGAGGCCGACAGUUCUUCAGAACAGGACGGCAGUUCAGGGGCUAGCCGGAGACAGAGAGGAGCUGUUGUGAGGAUGGAGCAGGACGAAGAGUCCACAGAUGGCGUGAGUCCAGUGAAGAAGUUGCGAUCCUCCUCCUCUGCCCCAUUCUCCCUUCCUGAGUCUGGGUUCCGCUGCGCCCCCUGUGGCUUCACCACAGAGGACCAUGCGUCGUUCCUGGAGCAUAUCAGCCAGCACCGGCGAGGAGCGACGGAGGGCAGCGGCGGCGGUCAGCAGUGUCUACAGUGUGGUGCCUGCUUCACAUCCAUCUCUUCCCUGUCACGCCAUCGUUUCAUCACCCACAAAGUGAGAGAUGCAUCUGAUAACCAGCAAUCCCUCAGCAUGCACGCAGCACCUUCCCCUGGUAACAGCAGGAGCCAUGAUGAUAAGAGCUCUCUGGACGGUUCUGCACCAGCAUCGCCCUCCUCUCAGGGGAAGGAAGAGGACGGCACACUGGCUUGUAGGGUGUGUGGCAAACAAUUUGAAAAGGCAACGGAUCUGACUACGCACUUCAGAACUCACGGUAUGGCUUUUAUCAGCGCACGGAACGCUGGAAAAACUCCCUAAGACGCCAAAUACUUUGGGUAAAUGAUUAUUUGCAAGUGCCUUAUUUACUGUCAACUUAUCAAAGUGUGUGUUGGCACACCUUUGCACUAAUUUAACCAAAGAACAGUGGUAGAAGGGAGUUUGUAUGUGAAUAGAUUGUAAUACAAUCAAAUGUGUUUUCACUGGUGGAGAUAAGAUUAACCUUUUACUUGAUACUCAGGAUCUAAUGCUGUAUUUCUGUGGUCAGUAAUGAUACUAACGAGAUAGCGCUACUUCCUCGUCGGUGAACAGUUAGUCUGACUAGUUCACUGCUGUGACCAUGUCCACAUAAUAAUGUGCCUGUAGAGAACUGUGAUCCUACUGUGAUUAUGAUGGCUAUUUCAUUGAAUGUUGAUGGACCGCAAUGGAAUGUGUCUGUUUUGAUUUCAAUAUUCUCAUCCUACUGAGGAGACGCUUGAACGGCAACCCAGGUGUUUUUCUGUAAAGUACUUUUUUUUUCUUACAUAUUUUUUAGAUAAUCAUCGCAGCGGUUUAGAAUAUGUUAACUCUGUUACUAUUAAAGACAGGGUCGUUGAGUAACUAGCAAGAGCACACUUGAUUUUUAAAAAUGAUCCAACCGAAAAAACGAGCCCGGUGAUGCCAACUCUUUUCCCAUGAAAGUAGCUAUCAGCACUAGCUGCCUACUAGCUCCAAAAGUCCCUGAUUCUAGCAAAGCAUUGUGCCAAGUCGGCAACACUGACAGUGUCGCUUCCCUCCAAAGCUCCUUUCCCAAAAUUAUCAUUACAAACAUAAACGUAUCACAAUGAAUGUGAACGGUGAACAUGGCUAUUGUCACUACUCACUGCUGUCAAGCAGCCUGUCAAAUCAUUACAUUCAGGCCGAAAGAAACAAUAGGACGGGUUUAUUACAGUCCUGCAACAGCUAUAAAUAGCAGAUUUUUUCCCCCUUUUUUUUUAUCAGAGUAUUUCAUUUAUUGAUUGCUGUCGGGAUGUAAUGAGAAUUUCAACUAAUAUAACAAAACAAAUUUCUAAAAUCUUUACCAACCCCACCUUAAAUGUGUAUACUUUCUUAUUGCCAGCCAUUUUCAAAAACCUACAUUAAUAUUUGAGAUCGAUUCCCACCUCUAAAUGCAGCCAUUAACUUCUGUACAUUUUAGUGUUUAUAUGAAAACUAAUUUACAGAGAUUUGCUUCAGAUAGGGGCCGCACGAUGGUGCAGUGGUUAGCACUGUCGCCUCACCGUAAGAGGGUUGCAGGUUCAGACCCGGCUUGUGGCCCUUCUGUGUGAAGUUCGCAUGUUCUCCCCGUGUUAGCGUGGGUUAUCUCCGGGUUCCUCUCAGAGUCCAAAGACAUGCAGGUUAAUUGUUGACUCUAAAUUGCCCGUAGGUGUGAAUGUGAGCGUGAAUGGUUGUCUCUAUGUGUCAGCCCUGUGAUAGUCUGGCGACCAGGUCGUACCCCGCCUUCGCCCAAUGUCAGCUGGGAUUGGCUCCAGCCCCCCCGCGACCUUGAAUAGGAUAAGUGGUUUCAGAUAAUGGAUGGAUGCUUUAAAUGGGUAACCCAUCAAAUUUCCUCUUUGCGUUUUCAUGUAGUGUUUUCCUGCUAAGCUGCAAUAGCAGGAUACUAACACACAGAGGAAAUGUGGUACUAAAAAGGCAAACUUAGGAAGAUACCUACAUCGUUUGUCUAACUCAAACUGCUGAAACUUAAAGUUUGGAAUAUAUUUUUGCUCAGAAUGAGGACUGUGGAUUUUGUCCCCUAUCGUACAUCAUAUUGAUAAAGGAAUGUCUUCCAGUUGAAGACUGGACAGGAGGAAUAAUUACAGCGACCAAUAACUCUUUCAAUGCCCAACGUGGUAAAUUGUUUCAAGACAAUUGAAAAAAUGUAAAUCUGUCCUAUAAAUAUUUACUGGUAUUAAUAACCUGUCUCAGCAAGUUUGAAGUCCCAUUAUGUUUACAGUAUAUUUAUAUUGUACUGAAAUGAAUGAAGACCACCAAGGUAUCCAAUUUAAAAAUGUUGCUUUUGGAAAUGGUUAGCAAUAAUCUGAAGUGUACUCAAUUGGUAGUUAAAGAGGUAAAACUGAAUGUUUAAUACCUUUUUUUUAGGUGGAAUGUACUGUAUGUACAUUCGAUUAAAUGAUUUAUUCCUUCUCGGUGAACAAGAGAUGGAAGUAAAAUUAUUUAUCUUGGCUUUUGGGGUGCGUUUAUCCAAAUAUUGUUUUAUGAGAUUGCGUCUAUUCCUUAUGCUUUACUAAGAUGAUAAGAACAUGUUGAACCUUAUAUUGUGAAUUUGUCUUUACUCUUUAGCACCGCUAAAACAAACCAGAUGAACAUAAUCCGAUGUUCCACCAUGGCUCAGUGACUGUUGGCAGGGUUGUGUUUUUGAUGGGCAGGUUUCAACUUAGUAUCCACAUCAACAUAGAAGGGCAUGAAACUGACAAGUCAUGACUGAAUUGUGGCUGGAUGUUAUGAGGCCUGAGAGGAGAAACCGUGUUGAAAGUUUAGUAGAGAUGCCGUAUUCUGUCAUGGGUGCUUGAAAGAUUUAGAGUGAUGCAUUUUGCUUUAGUGUCUUUGCUUAGUUGCAACUUUUUUUUUCUUUUGCUGUUCACGUCUGGCUGAAAUAUCUCCGACCACAAGAUCCAUAGACUGAGCUAAUAAUACCCAUGGAUCUGCAUCACUGAGUAUUUAGUUGUUUUUUUUAAGAACUAUCCCUUUAAUGUGCUGUAGUCAUCAGUGACCUGUUUGUGCUUAUGUUUACUUUCUCAGGAGAUUAUCCAAUGCUUUAACACACAUUGUUCUAUUUAACUUUUUCCGUUUUUGUAUUGACAAAACAAUUUCUAACCAAAAGUUAAUAAAGAAUAAUGAAAACUG